AGUCGCUAAAAUGGGAGCCACCCUUUUACAUUACAAAAAUAUAUGGUAUUGCGUUGUGAAACAGCAUAAAAUCCCUUAUUAAUCGCUUUCAUACUUACUUAUUUUAUACUGAAUUCGAGUAUUUUUCUAUUACGGAUUGGAAAAAAUGUGUAUUUUAUCAUGUAUAUACAUAGCAAAAAUAUAAAUAUGUUACCAAAAAGGAUAUUAGAUGAUCAAAUUAGAAUUAAAAAAUGCCGUUAUAAUUACUUAUAAGGCAACAUAAUUCUGAAAUAAAUUCAAAUAAGUUUUAACUGCCGAACUUUUGGCACAAAAUUUGGCUAGAAAGCAAAGGAAGAAGGAUGACAUAUUGAUUCCACCAACAGAGAAGCCAAAGCAUAGAAGAGGUGGUAAGAUUGUGAGGUUGCGUAGACGAUUGGCCGAUUUGAAGUCUGCUAUUUACGCUGAUCCUCCACCACCGUGGCACAUUGCAUACGAGCUAUGGAUACUUGUGGGCGGCAUUGAAACAUAAAUCCUGUUCCACGAUAUCGAAAGAACACAUUCGCAUAAUUUUUACACGACAAACAGCUGAUUUCCGUUCCACUAAAAUCCAUCAGAACGAAAAUUUGCACGAAAAUCAAAGCGAACGAAAACGUAAGCGUUUCAGCGUAAUUUUGCGUUCCACUAUCUUUUUUCUUUCGUACGCAUGCGAACACAAAUGUCAAGUCAGUCACUUGUGUGUUUGCUGUCGUAUCAUAACAAUUAAGGAAAAUUGUUUUAACAUAAACAUUGCUUGAUUGAAAAUGGAAGCAAAAAUGAGUGCAAAUUUUUGGAAGCAGCAGGCAAUCCCUGGAAGACCACUGGAAGAAAGUAGUUUUUAAAUUAAAUACCAUGGGUCCUCCUUCCCGCACAACUGCAGAGUGGAAAAAGCUCAAAUAAACUAAAAGAGCAACGAUAAAAUUUCGGAAAAUUCUUGUGCAUACAUAAUGUUUACAGUACAUCGAGUAGUGACAACCGCUCAAACGGUUCCAGGGAACUCUUUCACAACUUCAUCCAGUUUUUCUGCAUCUGCGAAUUCUUCCCAUAAUGAAUCGGAUGCCAGAAAUAUGUUGUCACAAAAAUCCGAGAAAUCGUGUAAAAUAAACAACUACAAUUCCGAUGAAGUAUCUGACUGUAUAGUUGGUAUAGUAUCGAAUUCUAGUAAUAACUGCACAGAUCAACACAAUUUGUCAUUUUCUGUUUCAAAUGAUGUCCUCAACAUAUCCUCUGAAGCCGAACCUUCCUUGAUGGUAACUUUCACAUCGAAAACCAUUUCGAAUUACUCAGCUAAUAUGAAAGAGUCAACGCUGGAAGGAAGAUCUUUGCAAAAUGUUAUACCAACAUGUGUUUACUUAAUGUCACGGAUUGCAGUGCACAUGGAAAUCGAAGGAACCGGACAAUGCCCAUCGCAAGUAAUGCUCGCAGCUACUGUGGGUUGUGAGGAAUUAGGAAUAGCAAAUAAAUUGUUAGCUCAGAGUAUAUUUGGACUCUGGAUGGGAAGUUCACUCCUCGAAAUUCAACUUAAAGCUCAUCACCGACCAUAUGCUGUGCGUAUGUUAUGGCCUAUAUUGCUUCAGAAAUAUAGUAUCGGUAAUGUAACACAAUUUAAAUUCGACGAACCUAUGAUAAUGUUGAAACGAAGCGUUUUUUUCUCCAGGCGUGACGAAGAAAAAGUUAAAGAUCACAGAAUAUUGGAACUGUUAUAUGAAGAAGCCAAACAUAAUGUUUUGUGUGGACGUUACGUAAUGGAGCCUAUUCAUGCAGUUAUGCUAGGGGGGAUUCAGGCACGAAUUGAACUUGGACCAUUUAAUUCUAAUACGCAUACAAGCGGAUUUUUUAGAGAAGUCCAGACACGGUUUUUGCCAAGAAGUGUUGCCAAAAAUGCAAGUUUAUCAUGGCUACCUCUCAGCCGCAAAAAUUCUGCAGAGCUUAAGCUUUUGGAGCAAUUUAAACGUGUUCCACAAUCUGCAAAUACCAAAAAAUUAAUAAGAAAAUAUCUAGAAUUUUGUUGGGCUUUACCAUUUUAUGGGUCAGCAUACUUUCACGGGCAAGUCGAACAGUCAAUGUGUGGUAUUAAGAAUAUCUUAAACAAUAAAGAUGUGAACGUUUUAAUAGCUGUAAACGAAAGGGGCGUUCACAUAAUAGACCCUGCCGAAUCUACAUUGCUUAUUGGAUUGCGUUAUGAAGACCUCUCUUGGGAUUUUGCUAAACCCAGUGUAAUGGAUGACCCACAUCGCAUAACAUGUAUUUUCUUACAGUUCGACGUUGUGGAAAAUGGUCUUCCAAUGUCAAAGCUCAUGCAAAUAUUCUCCCAGCAAGCAUCUAUGAUAGAUGCUUUAAUAUCACACUUUACGGAACUUAUUGCAAAAAGAAGAAAAUUUUACAGGGCAGAUGAAAUUCAUAAUGAUCCCAAUCCUAUACAAGGAACCGGUAGAGGCGUUCUAUGCAACAAGCUGUCUCGGUUAACCUUAGCAUCAUUCGAUGAUGAAGGUCGAUGCAUAGGUCAGAUGGGAUCUAUAUCAAUAAGUUAUUAACUAUACUUUUUAUUGGAUUUAUAAGAUUUACCGUAGCGUCAACAACAGAUGUCUGCUGUUUUGCUGGCUUCUUCAAAUCCGUUUGGUCUAAUGAUUGUAAAUAUGGUUUCAGCUCAAAGUACACAACCAUAUUCCAUGAUGAGGAAACCAUGUGGGUAUGCGACAUGGGAU